CUGCACACAGUUCAAUACCAGACCAGCUUCAACUGCCUCGCACAAUGCUUUCUACGAUCACCGCCUUCUUCGCGUCGGCCGCGGCUACCCUCCGGGGUGGUCUCGAGUCGUUGGUUUCAGUCCAACAACCCUCUACGUCGGCCGAGACGGUUCCCGUUCUCGAGUCGCUGGUCAGCCCAGCAACCACUGGUGUCAAGUGGCGCCUCCAGUCAUUCACUUCGACAGCCUCGGCGUUUGUCGUGUCCACUCUCUCGAUUCUUGUUGGCAUCUGCCUUCUUCCAUUCGUUGCCGUCUGGCUCUACGUCAAAGAAGCCGUCCACUCUUUCUCCGCUCAGUCGAAGUCAUUCAUUACCGCUCGCCCCGAGGUGCAGCCAAGGCCCGAUGCUUGCCGACCGCUACCUGCUCCUCGACAUGGCACGGUUAUUUCUCGACCGGUCACUCGAUCUAUGCGCCUGCGAUGGGGCCGUGGUAAUAUUCCUCCCGAGGAGAUGCCCCUGUUUCGCCAAUGGAAAGAGGAACUGGAACGGCGGAUGAUGACUGCGAUGCUGGCCGAGCCGUCCCCGGACCCUCGAGUGAGGACCAUGCCCAAGCGGGUUGUGGAGAUCCGGACCAAGCGGAGCCAGCCAUCGACUGCUAACGCCAACGGUUCCCCGUCGGCGCCUGUGAAGGAGCAGCCCGUCAAGCGGCGGUCUGCUCUCGAGGCGACGGCGGAGGACAUACGGCAAGAGCUCCAGAAUAGGAAACGAUCGCUGCCCAAGGCCUCUGGGUGGGCUACGCACGAGGACAUUGUCGAGGCCAAUACCCGAGCGGAGAAAUCCGGGAGGGCGAUUGGUCGCACUGUCCGAGCCGCCACCUACGAGGAGGUACAUGGGAAGCCGAUGCCGCCUCCGAAGGCCUUCAGGUGGGCUACGCGCAACGACAUUGUCGAGGCCAAGAACCGAGCGGAGAAAUCCGGGAGGGAGAUUGGUCGCACUGUCGCCGCCGCCACCUACGAGGAGGUACACGGAAAGCCGAUGCCGACAAAACAGCCAAGGACCUACGGGUGGGCUACGGCCAAGGAUAUUGUCGAGGCCAAUACCCGAGCGGAGAAAUCCGGGAGGGAGAUUGGUCGCACUAUCCGAGCCGCCACCUACGAGGAGGUCCACGGCCUGCAGCCCGUCUGCUCCGACAAGACCCAUCCAGGCACUGCUUCCCCCAGCGACUCCACUGAUUCUUCUCUCAAAGCGCUGGACAACAGCGAUUGCACUCCUUGGGCCGACGAGCUCCAAACCGUCUACGACACCACCAGCUCUUCACUCCUUUCAGAGCUGGACGACGCUCAAGAUGAGGUCGACGCGAUGCUGUACGACAUCGAAAAACGCAAUGCCGAGGCCGAGCUACCAAUCGACCGAUGGAACGCCAUCUACUGGAAGCGCAAGAGGCGCGAGGAGCGGGCCUCCAGGAACGCCGCGAGCCGGAUGGCCAGGAACUUCAAUCUCUCUGCAGCCAGCACAGAGCCUGAUAGCUCCUGCACUGUCACUCCGGAACGCUCCGUCUUCUGGUGGCACCGCGACCUCUGAUCUCUCACCCGAUACACUCUUUUCCUCUUGGUCCUUUCUUGGAUAGGUAACGCUCCUUACACACACUCUCUUGUACUCACGCUCGCUUUCACACGAUCCAGGUUCUUCGACCCCGACUUUCUUUCAUUUUUCGGUCAAGACACAGUGGUCGUUCGUUUUUGUUUUUUGCGGCUGAAACCACAUGUCACUCGUUUCACUCCUACGGGACUGCACUCGUUUUUCCCCCCUCUUCUCCGCUCCGACUCCGGUGUUGGCGGCCACAGGCGCCCCAUCCCGGCAUAUGAUUCUCUCACUCUCUCAGGCUCUCUUGUCGCCCCGACACAGCACAGGACAGUUUAUACACCGAAGGAAACGGUAGGAACCCGACCUUGGCCAACGUCGUUAAACUGACCCGCCUCCCCUGCCGACCUGGGGUGGUGUCUUGAGGGUGAAGGGAAGAAAAUACCAGAACCCGGCAGAGCUUCGAUCUCGCCCGUCUCGAGCGUCGCCUCCUGCAGCCCAGAUACAGCGCAGGAAACUGUCACCGUCUCCCGAAGGAAAACGGAAGGAACCCCUCCCGACUGAGCUAUGCACACGCGCCGGGGAGCGACAGCCACAGCAUGUCAAGUCUUCUCUGUGAGCUUUUUUUU